AAGUUGAGAAUUUAGAGAGGGAAAGAGCAUUACUGGGUUGUUCUGCUCCUACCCAACCCAUCUUCUAAAGAGAAGAGGCAGGUUGAAUUCAGGGAGGGAAAAGAGGGGAAAGAAACAAGAAGAAGAAACUAAAAAUAUGAGAAAUGUCGGUGGCCUGCAUCUUUGCCUUGUCUCUUGCUUCGCAUUUCUGGGUUGUUAUUGUUCUUCCCAAAGUUUCAUUGUAGGGAACAGCAUAACAGUAAAUCAAUCAGUCAGAGAUGGGCAAAGCCUCGUCUCUUCUGGUGGAACAUUUGAAUUGGGGUUCUUCAGUCCAACCAAUUCUGACAACAGAUACGUGGGGAUUUGGUACAAGAAAAUCUCUGUUCAAACCGUUGUUUGGGUAGCAAACAGAGAUGAUCCGAUUACAGAUUUAUCUGGUGUUUUGAAGAUCGCCGGAGAUGGGAAUCUUGUCCUUCUAAAUCGAUCGGAAUCUGUGGUGUGGUCUACGAAUGCAUCCAAAGUAGAUAGCCCAGUUGCAGAGCUUUUGGACUCGGGAAAUCUCGUUAUUAAGGACGAGAAAGACGAUAGCCCGGAGACCUAUCAAUGGCAGAGCUUCGAUCAUCCGACUAAUACGUUAUUACCGGGUAUGAAGCUAGGUUGGAAUUUGAGAACUGGGUUGGAUCGGUUUCUCAAUUCUUGGAACAGCGAUAGUGAUCCUUCCACAGGUAGAGUUUCGUUCAGGAUAAAUCGCUAUGGAUACCCGCAGGCUUUUUUGUGGAAUGGAGAUUCGAUAGAUUAUCGAAGCGGACCUUGGAAUGGUUUACAGUUCAGUGCGGUUCCUGAAAUGAAGCCCAACAACAUCUUCAAUUUCAGCUUCACCUCGAAUGCAGAUGAGUUGUAUUAUUCAUUUUCGCUGAAGAACGAUUCUGUGGUGUCGAGGUUGGUAGUGAAUCCAUCGGGUUUUCUUCAGCGAUUCACAUGGCUGACCGACGUGGACAACGAAGGCUGGAAUCUUUACUGGUACGCACCCAAGGAUCAAUGCGAUGAUUACAGAGUGUGCGGUGCUUAUGGUAUCUGCGACGCCAAUGCGUCGCCGGUGUGCCAAUGCCCAACAAGUUUUGAGCCCAGGGAUCUUCAGAGCUGGAAUUUGAGAGAUGGGUCUGGUGGGUGCGUUCGGGAAGUAGGGUUCGAUUGUCAGAAGGGAGAUGAUGGGUUCUUGAAGUUGCAGAACAUGAAGGUCCCCGACACCUCCAAGGCUUUCGUGAAUGAGAGUAUGAGUCUUGCAGAAUGUGAAUUGGCUUGCAAGAGUAACUGCUCGUGUACAGCUUAUGCGAAUUCGAAAAUUACAGGAGGAGGGACUGGUUGCUUAUAUUGGACAGGUGAGCUCAUCGAUCUCCGGGAUUUCUCGGACGGGGGCCAAGAUCUCUACUUGCGUGUCGCGGCUUCUGAACUAGCAAAGAGCCAAGCCUCUGGUGCUAAUUCUGGCGAAAGAAAGCAAUUAACUAUUGGAAUCAGUGUCACAGUUGCUAUGGGUGUUCUUGUAUUGGCAUUCACUGGCUGCUACCUAUGGAAGAGAAAGACAAAUGGAGGUGUGUUGAGUAGGAGGACAGAGGAAAGAGUUACCAGGGAGAAAAGCCAAGACAUGCAAUCUGUUGACUUGGUUGUGUCGAGCGGAAGAGACUACUCAGAUGAAUGUAACAAAGAUGAUCUAGAGUUGCCUCUGUUUGAUUUUGCCACUAUUGCAUUUGCCACAGAUAACUUCGACGAAGCAAACAAACUAGGAAAAGGUGGUUUUGGUACUGUUUAUAUGGGUCACUUGGAGGGACAUGAAAUAGCUGUGAAGAGGCUCUCAAAGACUUCAGGACAAGGAAUACAAGAAUUCAAGAAUGAGGUUUUGCUAAUUGCAAAACUUCAACACAGGAAUCUUGUUCGGCUUUUGGGUUGUUGUAUUGAUAGCGAAGAGAAGAUGUUGAUCUAUGAAUACAUGAAAAACAGAAGCUUGGACUCUAUACUUUUUGACAAGGGAAAAUCCUUAUCCUUGGAUUGGCCAAAGCGCUUCCAAAUUAUUGGGGGAAUUUCCAGAGGACUUCUUUAUCUUCACCAAGACUCCAGAUUUAGAAUCAUCCAUAGGGAUCUCAAAGCUAGCAACAUUCUACUGGAUGGCGAGAUGAACCCCAAAAUUUCAGACUUUGGCAUGGCAAGAAUUUUUGGAGGGGAUGAAACUGAAGGAAAUACUAAGAGAGUAGUUGGAACAUAUGGUUAUAUGUCGCCUGAAUACGCAAUGGAUGGGAUCUUCUCGGUGAAAUCUGAUGUUUUCAGCUUCGGCGUUCUGGUGUUGGAGAUUGUAAGUGGCAAGAAGAACAGAGGAUUUUACUAUGUUAAUAGCCAGCUAAAUCUUCUUGCACAUGCAUGGAGACUAUGGAGAGAAGGAAAAGGCUCGGAACUUAUGGAUGAAUCAAUGAAGGAAUCAUGCUCAGCAGGUGAAGUAUUGAGAUGUAUACAAGUUGGACUAUUGUGUGUACAAGAACGCCCAGAAGAAAGGCCAACUAUGUCAUCUGUAGUUUUGAUGUUGAGUAGUGAAACAGCAACAAUGCCUCAACCGAAACACCCUGGUUUUGGUCACGGAAGGACUCCCUUGGAGACAGAUGAAUCAUCUUCUAAACAAGAAUCAGGUACUGUAAACCAUAUGACAGUUACAAUCAUAGAAGGCAGAUGACAGUUUGACAACUACUGCUAUGAGUUCUUAAGAUCUUAUCCACCUCAAAGGCUUGUGACUUGUCCUCAAGCCAGGGGAUUCAAAGGCAUAGUCUCUGUAUAUAUUGAAGAGUUGCAAUAAAUUCAAAUUCGGCGAAGCUGCUGAUGCCUCAAUGAAGAGAGUGGAUGAUUUAACAACUUUCCACAUUGUUAUAGGUGAUGAGAAGCAAAGAUAACCUUAUUCGCAAUCGGCAUGGGAUUGAAAGCAUGAGAUUGAACAUCUGAGAUUGCGAGUAGGGAUGAUCUUGUUUAAAUUGUCUUCUUUCAUGAUGAAGAUCAUAGAGUAUGUAGUUUUGCUUUGGGGAAUGUCUCUCAUUAGUUACAACCCCUUUCCAAAUUUCCAAGUGUAAUUGUUUUUAAGUUUCUUCAUUUCAAUUAAAAUUACUUCUUGUAUGCUUCAACUUCCCACACUGCAUCAGUGCUGAUGGGAAUUGGUUGCUUGUGUUUUCUCAAACUUGCUAUCUUCAGUUAGUUAUGGAACUAAAAUUAACAAAGAUCCUUUUUGGGGUGCAAAAAUUUUACAAAGAUUAAAGCCA